AAUGGUCGUGCCGUAUGCAAAUAAGGCACGAAGUGGUUGGCUGGGGGCUGGUCGGAUAACCCCGGGGCCCUUUGUCCUGCAGUGGCUGUGUGGCAGCUUGCGGUCGUGGUGUCGCGGUCCUCGGCGAAACCAGGGGCCGAGAGCCGGCGGGCGGGAGCAGAGGACGGCGCGGUGGCUGCAGGCGCUGGAGGUGGAGCCCGGACGGAAGAGGGGCGGCCGGACUGCACCAGAGCCUGGGAGCGAGUACGGGGAGCAGGCGCCCGCGCGCCCACGGUGGCAGGAGCCGCCCGCACGCCGCGCGCUCUCUCUGUGAGGGACCUGCAGUUGCAAUAUGACUUUGGAGGAAUUCUCGGCUGGAGAGCAGAAGACCGAAAGGAUGGACAAGGUGGGGGAUGCCCUGGAGGAGGUGCUGAGCAAAGCCCUGAGUCAGCGCACCAUCACCGUCGGUGUGUACGAGGCGGCCAAGCUGCUCAACGUGGACCCGGAUAACGUGGUGCUGUGCCUGCUGGCGGCGGACGAGGACGACGACAGGGAUGUGGCGCUGCAGAUCCACUUCACCCUGAUCCAGGCGUUCUGUUGCGAGAACGACAUUAACAUCCUGCGCGUCAGCAACCCGGGCCGGCUGGCGAAGCUCCUGCUCCUGGAGACCGACGCCAGCCCGGCGGCCAGCGAGGGCGCCGCGCAACCGCCGGACCUGCACUGCGUGCUGGUGACGAAUCCACAUUCAUCGCAAUGGAAGGAUCCUGCCUUAAGCCAACUUAUUUGUUUCUGCCGGGAAAGUCGCUACAUGGAUCAGUGGGUCCCAGUGAUUAAUCUUCCUGAACGGUGAUGGCAUCUGAAUGAAAAUAACUGAACCAAAUUGCACUGAAGUUUUGAAAUACCUUUGUAGUUACUCAAGCAGUUACUCCCUACACUGAUGCAAGGAUUACAGAAACUGAUGUCAAGAGGCUGAGUUCAACUACAUGUUCUGGGGGCCCGGAGAGAGGUGACUUUGCAGCUGGCAAGAGGUGAAAAUGAAGAAGGAAGCUGUGUGGAAACAGAAAUACAAAUCAAAAGGAACACAAUUACCAAGAACCACGCAGGAAGGAAAACUAUGUAUUAAUUUAGGAUGGUUGAGUUACCAUGAAAAUAAACCAGACAUGCUUUGUUAAAAGUUUAAAUGUGCAGCCGUAGGUUGGAUAUUUUUGGUUUAUAUGCCCUCAAGUAAAAGAAAAGCCAAAAGGGUUAAUCAUAUUUUAAAACCAUAUUUUAUUGUAUUUUGAUGAGAUGUUAAAUUCUCAAAAGUUUUAUUAUAAAUUGUACUAAGUUAUUUUAUGACACGAAAGGUUAUUUAUGUUAUAAUUUUUGAAAAACAAUACCUACAAUAAACUGGUAUGGAAUAAUUGCA